AUGCAGCGCUUUCUAUCCCCGGUUUUACGCACGGGACGACCGCAACCUCGUCUGGUCGGGGCGCCUGUCCGAAGGCUCGCCACCCAGAAUAACUCAAUCCCGGUGUUUGGUGUCAAUUAUGGCGAGCAACUUAGUAACCUAGACGCAGUAAGGCAAGGCUCGACGCGCCCUCUGACAUUAACCGAGAAGCUGCUGUACAGCCACUUGAUCCCGAGCGAUGAUAAAGUAUGGUCAUUGCAAGAAAUCGAUCGGGGAAAGACGAUUUUGGGAUUGCGACCGGACCGUGUCGCCUGUCAUGAUGCUACCGCGACCAUGGCCCUCCUACAGUUUAUCAGUGCGGGCCUACCGCGAGUCGCCGUCCCAACGACGGUCCAUGGUGACCAUCUCAUCAUUUCCGAGAAGGGAGCGGAGCCAGAUUUAAAGCGUGCACUUACAGAACAUGCCGAGGUCUAUGAAUUCCUGAGCAGCGCCUCUAGAAAGUAUGGAAUCGGGUUUUGGAAACCCGGUUCUGGUAUCAUCCACACAGUGAUCUUUGAAAACCACGCCGUACCUGGCGGCCUGAUUAUCGGUACGGAUUCUCAUACGCCGAAUGCUGGCGGUUUGGCUAUGAUGGGCAUUGGCGUUGGUGGCUCCGACGCAGUCGAUGCGAUGUCCGGAAUGCCCUGGGAGUUGGUGACGCCUAAUAUCGUCGGAGUGCGCCUGACCGGCCAACUAUCCGGGUGGGCAUCCACAAAGGACAUCAUCUGCAAGCUCGCCGGCAUCCUGACCGUUUCUGGAGGCAAGGGUCGCGUUAUUGAGUUUUUCGGCCCUGGUACAGAAACUCUGGGGGCCACGGCCAUGGCGACGAUCUGUAACAUGUCUGCGGAGAUUGGCUCGACAUCCUGUAUAUUUCCUUACACCACUGCGAUGGAGCGAUAUCUUGCAGCAACGAAGCGGGCGUAUGCAGCUCAGGCGGCCCAAGGGGUUAAACAGGCGUUGCUGCAAGCCGAUGAAGGGUCGGAACAAUAUUAUGAUCAGAUUAUCGAGAUCGACCUGAGCACGCUCGAACCACACGUCAAUGGGCCGUACACCCCUGAUCUUGCCCACCCCAUCUCUGAAUUACGAAAGGCAGCCUCCCAGAGUGAAUGGCCCAUUAACCUCAGCCAUGCGAUGGUUGGAAGCUGCACUAACAGCUCCUAUGAAGACCUUGAUAAGACGCGACAGCUCGUCGCACAAGCGCGUGAUGCUGGGCUACUAAAAUUCAAAACACCCUUCCUUGUCGCACCUGGCAGUGAGCAAAUCCGCGCCACGGCUGAGGCAGAUGGUAUCCUCGAAGAGCUGCAAAAGGCCGGUGCCGUUGUGCUGAGCAGCUCUUGUGGGCCCUGCGUUGGGUCGUGGGACCGCAAGGAUGUUGAUGUACGGGGCAAGGAAAAGAACUCGGUGGUAUCCAGCUUUAACCGGAAUUUUGUGGGCCGGCAUGAUAGCAAUCCAGCGACUCAUUCAUUUGUCACAUCGCCUGAGUUAGUUACUGCUUUCGCUUACGCUGGCCGGCUCGACUUCAACCCGUUAACGGACAGUAUUGCUGUCGAGGGAAGGAAUUCCUUCCAAUUCAAAGCUCCUAUGAAUCGGGAACUUCCAGCAGAUUUUGUUACAGGGGAAGAGACUUUCCAAGAGCCUCCAGCCGACAGUUCAGCACUGUCCGUGAUUAUCGACCCGCACUCCGACCGUCUGCAGCUGUUGACCCCAUUUGCACCAUGGCAGUCCGGGUGUGCCACUGACAUGGAGCUGCUGAUGAAAGUGAAGGGCAAGUGCACCACCGAUCACAUCUCCCCAGCAGGCCCUUGGUAUAAAUACCGGGGUCACCUAGAGAAUAUCAGCAACAACAUGCUCACCACCGCAUCCAACGCGUUCCUCCCUGGCAACGAUCCGCAGAUGCUCGGCCACACUCGCAACCCGAUUACAUCGGACCUUGAGGUUGUUCCCCAGGUGGCUCGUGACCUCCAAAACCGCGGCAUCCGGUGGUGCAUUGUCGGGGACUUCAACUACGGUGAAGGAAGCUCACGCGAACACGCUGCCCUGGAACCUCGUUAUCUCGGAGGGGUGGCCGUAAUUGCUCGCUCCUUUGCGCGGAUACACGAGACUAACCUGAAAAAGCAAGGGAUGUUACCUCUUACCUUCGCCGACGCUUUGGACUAUGAUCGGAUCAUGGAAGGCGAUCGCAUUACAUUAAUUGGGGUCGAGGAUGGUGAAUUAGUUCCCGGUCGGCAGGUUACCAUGCGCGUCACUCCUCGAGAGGGACCGUCCUGGAAUGCGCAGUUGAACCACAGCUAUCAUGCCGGCCAGCUGCACUGGCUGCGAGCUGGCAGUGCGUUGAACCAUAUCAAGAAUACCGCCCUCGCCAAGUAG